UUCUCUCUUCUUCCCCAACUUUCUUCUGGUGUUGUGGUUUCCUCUGCAGUCUGCUCUGCACCUCUUUCUCGUUCUCUCUUAUCCGACGAUUCGAGACCGUGCAUAAGCUGAAAAGGAGAAAGUAGAACUUUACGUUGAUCUAGACGAGCUGUACGUUAUUGGAGGUUCAGAGGAAAAAAGUUUAAACUUGAAGCUUCUGAGCCGUCAUCCAAAGAGGGGAGGCAAGGGCCAAAUGGCAAAGUCUUGCAAGGGCUUAGCAAUGGAGUUGGUCAAGUGUCUUAGUGAGUGCGAUUGCGUUAAGGUUGAGAAGCGAUCGUACAGAGAAUGCGCUGGGGAGAAGAGUCCAUCAAUAUCAAGUGAAUGCAUUGGUCUGAGGGAAACAUAUUUCAACUGCAAGAGAGGCCAGGUUGACAUGAGAGCUAGGAUUCGGGGGAACAAAGGCUAUUGAGGAACCGUGGUAAUGUUUACCAAAUCGCGAAGCAAAGUUUUGUACUUGAAUUGAAGAUUGUGUUUACAAAAUUGUUAGUUCAAUUGUAGCCUUAUUUUUUGUACUUACGACUGAUUCCUUUUCCUCAAUAUUAAUAGUUUCUUUGUAGUAACCUGCAAAAUCUUGCUGAAUGUGAAGACAACUAAUUAA